AUGCCAAGGAUACCCACGUCUUUGAUCCUCAAGUCUUAUCGAGAAAACCCUCUGCUCCCCAGCCUGCUGAAAGAAUGCCGGACCCUCGAAUCUGCGCGGAACGAAUUGCGAUGGCUUCGUGAAGGAGCUAUCAAGGCGUCGAAGAAUAAUAACAAUGCCUCUCCGAUUGAGGCCAGAUUAUCAUGGCAGUUAGCGCUCCGGAAAAUGUGUGCGCUGCGAAGCAGGGGGAGACCGCUGCAAUACAUUCUAGGUGAUCAGCCUUUUGGCGAAUUGGAAAUUCUUUGUGAGAAAGGGGUUCUUAUACCACGUGUCGAAACAGAACUCUAUACAAUCCAUGCGAAAGAUUUGAUACUCGAGGGCCUGAAUGCGAAGAGGCUGGACUCUAAAACCCUACGGAUCCUGGAUGUAUGCAGCGGAAGCGGCUGUAUUUCUCUGUUGCUGCACUCGCUUCUUGCGCCUCAUGUCGGAAAUCUCACAAUAGCUGGCCUUGAUGUGAGCCCGCAAGCCUUGAAUCUCGCCCUCAAGAACAAGACACAUAACAUCGACGGAGGUUUAUUGGCUCCUAGAGCCGAAACAGAAAUAACCUUUCGAAGAUUUGAUAUAUUUGAUGAACUUGACACCCCUGGCGGUCUAUUGUCAAUAAACAAUGCUCCGAACAGAGCAUCAACAGAUACUACUACUUUGACACGUGGUCAAUCCACCUGGGAUGUCCUCAUAUCCAACCCUCCAUACAUAUCUCCGUCUGAUCUGAUCGGCGGCAAAACGUCUCGGAGUGUUCGUAAGUACGAGCCAAUGCAAGCACUAGUUCCACCUGUCAUCAAAGAUCGCAGUUUAUGGGAGGAAAGUUUAGGCCUGAAAAAUGUACCCCGCGAGGACGUUUUUUAUCCCCGGUUAUUGUAUUUGGCUCGCAAACUCGACGUGAAGCUUGUGGUUUUUGAGUGUGGUGACGUUGCACAAGCACAGCGGAUCGUGGACAUGGCAAGAGUCAUUUUUGCAAAGAGCGAGGGAAACGAAAAUUUGUCGAUAUAUAUCUGGAGUGGCUAUGAUACUUCAAGUGAUUGUGAUGAUGGUGCUCGAGCUGUAGUGGUGAAAAGGGUUUAA